UUCAGGUGAUAUCAUUUACAACGUCACUGAUGGCUUUGGUUGGUGCUUUACUGCAUACUGUAAUGCAACUUGUGAUAUUGUGAAGAUUUCAACAUCUUGUCAAACCUCUCCAUCACCAUCCAUUUCUCCUGAAACAACUACAUACUCCAGUUCAUCAACAACCUUGAGUUCCUCAGGAACAACACAGCCUGUCACAUUCAUUUCCACUAUUAAUACAGAUACAGAAGUAACCACAACGACUUUUGGGCCUAAGUGUGAUGCCCUUGACCCACCAAGACAGCCAAAUGAUACUUGGCAGAGUGGAUGUCAGAUGUGUGAGUGUGAGAGUGAAACUCUGACGGUCCGUUGCCAGCCUGUAACUUGUCCUGUUUCACCACCUGUUACUUGCGAUAAGCCUGGACAAGUGCUCGUCAACACAACAGUUGACUGCUGUGAGAUCUCUGAUUGCAGUUGUGAUGUGAACUUGUGCCCUAUACCCACAAUACAAUGUCCACUGGGCUUUAUACCAUCCUUCAGUGUGUCUCCAGAUAACUGCUGUCCAGAAUUUAUUUGCUCUCCCAUGAAAGUCUGUGUCCAUAAUACUACAGUAUAUCAGCCUGGCUCAGCUAUACCAAGCGAUGACCCUUGCACGAUUUGUCAGUGUGGUUGGAACGUAGAUCCUGAAACAAAUCUUCUUGCUCCAGAAUGUGUGAUAGCUGACUGCAACGAUAACUGUCCAGAGGGUCACGAGUACCAGCGCAUUCCUGGUCAAUGCUGUGGAGAGUGUGUUAGCACCGAUUGCGUGGUUAUGCAUGACAACAACACAGUUACAGUUUCAGUUGACCAGAUAUGGCAACCAUCUAAUGACAAAUGUGUGCAAUACAAGUGCGAGAGAGUCAACGGUAACUCAGUGACAGUUGAGAUUAAGACCACUUGCCCUGCCUUCAAUCCUGAAAAUUGUAUCCCUGGAACAGAAACAAUAGAUGCAGAUGGCUGCUGCCAAACCUGUACACUGGACACUAAAUGUAAUGUCCAGAAGAACAGCACCUACUUGGUUAGCAAUGGCUGUAUAAGCAGCACACCUGUGGAAAUAACCUCUUGCUCAGGCCUGUGUGAGACCUCAUCAAUAUACUCUGCAGAAGCAAACGCUCUUGUGCACUCAUGCACUUGCUGUCAAGAAAUGACCACGACCAAAAAGGAAGUGACUCUGACUUGCCCAGACGGGUCAAACAUCAAUCACUCAUACAUUUACAUCGAGUCUUGUGGCUGCAAAGCUUCAGAUUGCUCAAGUCAAUCGACUUCCUUAAGGAGACGACGAAGGAGAGUGUAAACGUGUUUUUGACUCCGUACAGUAGAGCAAUUACAAAUUAAUCUUAUGGUUUAAAUCUGUAAAUUUUAAUUGUAUGAAAUAUUUGUGAUAGUUACCUCUAUGGUGUAACAAGAAUGACAACUCUUUUGUUUCUUGUCUAGUAGCUCUUAAUAAACUAAU